AUGCGAAUCGGAGAUUUCGAGCUCGACGAACCCCUGCCAGAGUUGAAGGAUCCCCAUGUUCUGGCGGUCCUUAGACCGUGGAUUGACGUUGGCCGUGUGGGAACUCUCAGCUUGCGCCGCAUCGAAAGGUAUCUGGGCGCCAAAGAGAUCGGACGGCUGGUUCGCCCUGGUCGCUACUACGACUUCACUCGCUACCGCCCCAAGACGGCGAUUCGCCGGGGAAAGCGGGAAUACACAAUCCCGUCCACCACCGUCAAGGUGGCCGUACGGGAGAAUGGGCCGGAUCUGGUGACUCUCCAUCUGCUAGAGCCUCACGCUUACGGCGAGGAUUUCACCGACUCCGUUAUCGAAAUGCUCGAUAAGCUGGGCGUCAAGCGCUACUCGAUGAUCGGCGCAAUGUACGACAUGGUUCCUCACACACGCCCUCUCCUCGUUUCAGGCGGUUCCGUCGAUGCCACCAAUGAGGCCGAAUACCGGCUGGUGGAGGUAAAGCCCAGCGAUUACGAAGGACCGACCACAAUCACCCAGGUCAUUUUCCAGCACGCCGAGGCCUCGAACAUCGACACCCGAAUCUUCGUGGUGCAUCUGCCGCAGUACUUCCAGGUGGAGGAAGACUUCACGGGCAUUGCGCGGCUUACUGGUAUCCUUUGUCGGAUCUAUGGCCUGCCCAGUCGCCUCGAAGAUAGGGAGCGGGGGGUCCAACAGUAUUCCUCGCUGCAGAACAUCGUCUCCGACACCUCCGAAGUAUCCAAGCUGCUCGAGCGUCUCGAAGAGCGCUACGACCGCGAGAACGCCCCAUCCUCGCCCGACGCCGGACCAGUGACGCCUCUCUCGCCCCAGAUUGAGGAGUUCCUGCAGGGCCUUGACUUUGGCAGUGACCUGGGACCAUUGCCGGAUCACGACGACGACCCCGACGAUGAGUAA